AUGGGCAAUAGACCAUCAAAUAGUGUAAACGAUGAAUCUGGUGCCGCACGUCAAAAUACUUAUGUUUGUUUCCUGCCGAGCACUCAACCAACUCGAUCCGAUACUGUAUAUCGUAUGGUUGGAACGAGCCUGAAUGGUAAUCUUAAAUACCCUCUUCCAAGUAAUCUUGAGGAAGAAAAACAUUGGCUACAAGAUCCUCAUUAUUUCAUUAGACAUAUGUGGCAAAGCAAUUAUAGUGCUCCUAUUGAAGAUAAACUCAGAGAUGGAAACGCUAAAAUCCUUAAUAUUUGCUGUAAUUAUGGCGCUUGGACUCUCGAAAUGGCUUCGGAUUAUCCCAAUUCCCAUUUUAUUGGCGUUGACGUCGCUCCAAUGUUUCCUUCCGUUGUGACCAAAUCCAAUGUACGGUUCUUACAGAGUAAUGUGUUAGAUGGUCUACCAUUCGAUUCUAAUACGUUCGAUUUCGUUCUAGUUCGACUUUAUGGAACCACUUUUACUGAAAGAGACUGGGAAGAUAAAAUUGUUAAUGAAAUCGUAAGGUUAACUAAACCUGAUGGAUGGGUAGAACUAACCCAGAUUGAUUCAAAAUACUACAAUUGUGGUCCAAAUUUCGAAAGAUGGAAUGAUGCAUAUAUAAAUGGAUCCAUUUGUGAAAGUUUUGGAAGGUUAUUAACAUCAACGGGCCAAAUAUCCCGAAUUCAACAUGAAGUCGUCAUAAGUCCCAUUGGAAGUUGGGGUCGCCGAGCGGGUGAAUUGGGUGUAUCCUACACUCGUCAACUUUCUGGAAAAGUGAAGCCGUGGAUAAUUUCUUAUCUAGACAUAACCGAGGAAGAAUAUAACGAAAUGAUGAUCAAAGCAGAACAAGAAUUCAAUAUCCAUAGGACUUAUGCAUCAACACAUAGGUUUGUUGGUCAAAAAAGUUAG